AUGCAGUCUGCUCCUCUUCAGGCUAUUCUAUAUCAAGCCGCCCGUUUGCAAGUAAUUUCGAAUACCUCUUUAGUGCAGGAUACUCCAACAACAGGAUGGGUUUUUACCCUUGAUCCUCAGCAAUCUAGAACGUCUCCUAAUCUUGUGAAAGUGUCUCCUCUGAUGGUGGUUAAGACUGCCAUUGGUGAGAAGUGUUAUAGCACGAUGACGUGCAAAGAAGUAGAGUUUCUAGGUCAAACCUAUGUUGUUGAUUUAAUUAUUUUGGAGAAUACGAGUUUGGAGUUUAUCUUGGGUAUGGAUUGGUUGAUGAAGAAUAAUGUGAUGAUUGAUUGUUGUAGUAAAAAGGUUAUAGUAUCUUCAGAGAAGGAUGUGAAAAACUCUCCGUAUCUGUCGGUACUUCAAGUUAAGAAAGCUUUAAAGCAAGGAGAUUUGGGUUAUUUGUUUUUAGGAGGUUUGGUUGGAGAUAGUAAGAAAUCCAUUACGAACAUUCUUGUUGUUCGUGAAUUUGAAGAUGUAUUUCCGGAUGAAAUUCCUCAAUUUUUGCCAGAGAGGGAGAUUUAG